GUGUUGACACGAUUUCUCUACGAUUCCACUUGUUGGUGGAGCUGUGGCCAGCCAGCCUACGGGUGUGCGACUAAAAGCUCCAUCGGUGGCGGACGUUUGAUAACACCCGUGUCGGUCGGUGGGCGAUCGCAACGUGCUCCGAAAUACAAAAAAUUAUAUAAAAAUACCGCAUGAAGAGCAGCAAAGUGAAUUGAAGAAAAAAGUAUAUAUUUGAGAAAAGGCUGAGUGUUGAAGAGCGCACACUUUGAAGUUCGGUGGCGUUUGUGAAGCCUUAGCGCUGCAUAGUUAUAUUACAACGAAUACAUAUGUAAUUACACUAAUGAAUAUUUAGUAAUUAGUGAUUAACAUCAGGAACAAGUAUGCUAUCAUCAAGUAAGCAUAUUCCUCUUAACGCUAACAGCUGUUUUCCAUCUGACUAGUUAUUGCUGCUAGUCCGCGAGUGGAACUGGUAUAAAUAAAGACAAACAUUUCGAUUUGAUUAAAUCUAGAAAGUGCUCCAAAGCAAACAAAACCAAAACAAGUGCAUGAUGUCCAAACCAAAAUUGUAUUAUUCACUAUUUAGCCCACCGGCGCGGGCUUGUAUGCUAACCGCCGAGUUAAUUGGACUCGAUUUAGAUUUGAAGUUGGUGGAUUUUGCGGCGAAACAGCAUCUCACACCGGAUUAUCUGGCACUAAAUCCGCAGCAUCAAAUACCGGUGUUUGUGGAGGACGACAAUGAGGUCUUCAUAGACAGCCAUGCGAUUAUGGGAUACAUGAUAUCUAAAUAUGGCAAGAACGAUGAUAUGUAUCCCAAGGAUUUAAAAAAACGGGCACGCGUCGAUCAUAUGCUUCAUUUUGAAAAUGGCGUACUCUUUCAAGUAAUCAAAGAUAUGGUGCGUCGCAAUAUCUAUGGAGGCGAAGGCGAAUUCAACAAAAUAACUCUAGAGCUCUGCGACAAUGCUUAUACUUUUUUGGAGGCCUUCCUUGGUAAAACAAAUUUUUUUGGAAACAGCGAGACAGUCACCAUUGCCGAUGUCUCCAUCAACACAACGCUAGUUUCGCUCGAUAUGCUCAUACCAGUCGAUAAGAAUCGAUUUCCGCGACUUCAAGCGUGGAUGGAGCGUAUGAAAGCUUUAUUGCCCUCACAUGAAGUGGUGAAUAUAAAAGGUGCGAAGGUGCUACGCGAUCGCAUAAAGAAUUGCAUGCGAGAGAACAAAGUUAAAACGGAGAGCAAUAUUGAAUACGACUAAACAUAUGCACAAACAUACAUAUGUAUAAGUGUUAAUUCAUAAAUUAAUGUUAUACCCUACUGGAAUUUAUUGUUGAACUCAUACUUUUAAGUUUAUGUAAACAUUUUUGUUAAAUUUUAUUAAUAAAUAUUUUCUUUUUGUAGUUAAAAACA